AUGGGUUCGGAGUGCACGCUCGACAACACCUGUUUAACUAGGCCCUCAGAAAGUUUCAGCGUUUCACAUUCGGCAUCGACUGAUCCAGUCCAUACGAACUCUGCUCAUGACACUAAUUAUAAUCCACCACGAGGACAAAGUCAUAUGAAACGGAAUACAUUUUGGAAUCACUUUUUGUUUGGCAAGACUAGCGGUGAUAGUAGUACUUGGGAAGAAACGCUAGUUGAUUUAGUUGCUACUCCGAAAAUGUUAGCUGGCUUUUCAGGUGGAGAAGGCAAAACUGUGUAUCCUUCUAAACAAAAAAAAGAGAAGUUCAAGAAGCUGGGAAAGAAUGUUAUGGAAAUGUUUUUUGCAUCAGUCAUCGAAAUGGUAUGCGAGGGUGAUUUUGACGGCCAGCACAAUCGCUUGCGAGAUGUUUUGAGACACAUUGCGGUGCACUUUAUCCAUCCUUCAUAUUUUUCUGAAGAAUGUCGAGCGCUGCGAAUAGCAAUUCGGAAAAGAAUCACAGAAGCUUUGAAUGUUGGUUCAAAGUUAGCCAUUGAUAAAAGUAUCGAAAUUGUUAUGAAUGGUUCUAAUUGUUUGUAUAAGCUUUAUCAGCUUUUGUCCAAUUUAAGCAUAUGUCCAGCAAAAGAGAAAAAUUAUUUAUUACCAAGUCGAUACAACAUCGAGUUUGAGGAAAUUAGAAAAAUAGGAGGAGGAGGCUUUGGAUCCGUGUACCAUGUGCGUUCUAAAAUAGAUAAUUGUGAUUAUGCAAUUAAGAAAGUCCCAGUCGAUGUACCGACAUCAGAAACAAUGAUGAAGGUCGUCAAUGAAGUUCGUCUGCUAGCAUCCGUUCAGCACAAAAAUAUCGUGCGAUACUUUGGAGCAUGGGUAGAAAUGCCAGGAUUAUGGUCAUCUGAUAAUGAAGAUGCUUCUAAUGAUGAGGAUGAAGAUACACAAAGAGAUUCUUCGGAUGACGAAAGCAAAAACAAAGUGGAUGAAGAGGACUGGGAUAUACAGUUUUGUGACGUUUCUGAACAGUUAGGAUCUGGCGAAAAAGAUUUUGUUGAAAUAUUGGAUCCGACUUCUGCAUCAAAUUCUGACAGUUGCGCAGAUGAAAGUUUUUUGAUUGUGGAGCAAAGUUCGAGAAACAGCUCUAGCUGUAGGGCAUACGGCACAAUGUUUGUGCAGAUGGAACUUUGUUCGCGUACUCUUCAAGACUAUUUCUUCCAGAGGAUGGAUGAAGUUAGUCCUAAAAUAGAUCGGGAGUGGAAUAGAAGCAUUAUGGAGCAAUUGAUAUCUGCGGUGACUCACUUGCAUUCUAAAAAAAUCAUACAUCGUGAUAUCAAACCAAGCAACAUUUUUCUUCGGGAGGACAAAUCUUGCUCAGUUCCAACUAUACUGCUGGGUGAUUUUGGUCUUGCAUGUUUACAUGAAACAAAAACUAGUUGCAGUGGAACAGCGACAAAUUUUAUUGAUGACAAUGUUAUCACACAUAGUGGUGGAGUUGGUACUACUUUAUAUGCAGCACCUGAACAACGCUCUACUGUGUAUGACAGUGCUGUAGAUAUUUAUAGUGCUGGUAUAGUAUUUUUUGAGCUGUUUUUUCCAUUUUCUACGCAAAUGGAGCGUGCAAGUGUCAUAACAAAACUGAAAGCUGAAAAACUAGAUGAAAAUUUUUUUGCUUCGUUUCCUGAAGAGCAUUGUGAGUUCUGUAUCCAAAUCCUUUUCAUUGAAAACUCUGUGUCAGAACAAAGGAGUUAUUGUGAAAUGGUGGGUGUAAUGUAA